AUGGAACCCGAGGGCUCCGACCGUAGUGAGGGGUCCAGUGCUUUGGCCCGACGUGCAAUCCGGUGCGAUAAACGCACGCCAUGUUCCAAUUGCCGCAGCGCGAACAUUGCGUGUCGCUCCAUUGGCGAAGGCCAAAGACCGCACGAGCCGAGGCGCCGUGUGUUAAUUUCAAGCCAGUAUGAGAAAAAGAUUGACAUGAUCGAAGAUCGUCUUGGGGGUAUUGAACAAGCUCUUCGGCAGCUGGUGGUCUCAUCUAAUUCCAAUGGUUCCUCCGCGAUCAAAGUGCAGUCAUCAUCUCAGUCGUCGCCUCAAAGCAAUGUUCGAAGACAGUCCCCAGCUACAGCGCAAGAGCACGAAGGUACGAAAGGGCCCGGGUAUACGUCUAACGCAGCUAUCGAGCAACAUGACCCAGGGGUGGACUUUGAGGGUAGUUCUUCCCUGGUUACUCACUCAGUCUAUGCGAGGGAGUUUCUCGAAUCUGCAGUCUCUCACAGCACACCUGAGCUGUUUUCCAGCCCAAAGAUCAGCGAGGCAUUAUCGUCCCUGAAGCAAAUCGUUGAGAUGCAAGACAAAUGGCGCGGCAAGAAUACCCGAAGAGGGCAAUUCCCUAGCCAGAGCGACCGGCAAGGUGCCCGCUGCGAUAUCCGCGAUUUGGAGAUGCCGCCUCUGCCCAUGGUUCUGGAUGUCUUGAAGAUCGUCAAAGAAACGCCCCCAGCUUCCUUUGGUGGCUACAUACCGUUCUUUACGGUCGACUACUUCAUCGAUAGAUGUCGAGAAGUUUAUUUCUGCACUGAUGAUUACUCGGACGCAACCUUUAUUACAGCAAAUGCUGGGCUCUACAACGUCUUCGCCGAGCUCGGAUUUCUUGAGAAGGAUUUUGAUGAAAAGGAAAAGUAUCAGCACUAUUUAAGACUUUGCAAGUUCAAUUUGGAGGCAGCAUUAGCGAAUUUGAAUAUACUGAUGCCCGCAAAUUUCGAUUCUAUUGUCGCUCUGACGGUUGGAGCAAUGCAUGGGAUCGAGAUCUCAAAGCCCUCGGUCAGCUGGACACUUGCUUCUAUGGCGAUUCAAAUGUGUCAGACAUUGGGAUAUCACCGUCUUUCAUCCAUGGAACAAGAUUCGCAAGAUGUGCAGGAGAAAAAGCAGACUAUAUUCUGGUCCGUGUUUACCAUCCUCAAUUUUCUCUCCUUGCGCCUUGGUCGGGCUUCGCCGGUCCCAGACUAUGACAUCGGAGUGCCAUCUCCACUCGAUAUCUGUACGGGCAAAGAUGUAUGGAGCACCGUUUGCGCUCUGUGGACCAAGCAAUCCCUGAUCGAGGGCAAGGUAUACGCUCUACUAUACAGCCCCGCGGCAUUGAAUCAACCCGAGCAUGAGCGAGUGGCUCAUGCCCGUCACCUAGCUACCGAAUUGCAGGAGAGCGUAUUGGAGCCAUUUGAGCAAAUCAUGGCCUCUAAUCUAAUCUCAAAUAUGAACGCCGUGGAUUUCAUUUAUCUCCGCUCCGACAAGGUCAGCCGCUUGGCAAUUCUGACUUUGAUUUACCGCGCCAUCCCCGCAUCGCCCGAGUCAGGCUCGUCUACCAACUUCAUACCCGAGUGUAUUGAAAUGGCACGCGCAUCCCUGGAGCACCACCAGACGUGUGUGAGUGAGUUACAAGAGGCAAGCGAGAUGAUCAGAUGCUCUUACAUGCAUUGGGCAAUCUUCUUCUCUCCCUUCGUCCCAUUCAUCGUCAUAUUUUGCAACGUUAUCGCAACAUCGGAUAGCGAGGAUUUAACUCGGCUGGAAGACUUCAUCGCUUCCCUCCGCCCUCUUUGCGCAUUCUCUCAAUCGAUCGAUCGACUGCAUAACCUCACCUCCGUCCUCGGUACCGUCGCCCGUCUCUACGUAGAAGCCAAAAGCCGAAGCCAAGCAGGUGAAGAUCAGACACUCGCUUCUGUUGGACAAGAGUUCGAUGUCUAUCUCAGUGCGCUAGGCCUCGCGCCCGGAAAUUCCAUGCCAAAUGCUCAGGGAUAUUAUCAGACAGAUGUCCCGUCUAUGUCAACUAGCUUCCCGCAAUCCUCUUCGCAGGCUUUUGGAUUCCCUGCUCCCGUGGCUCCUUCACAGAACCAGGAUGUGUCUGCGGCAGAGAUGUCACAGGCUGCGCAGUUGAGCAAUUGGUACUCGGGGAAUCAGUACAUGAUGGACUUGCUGGAGGAGGAUGUGUUCAAGUUCAAUCCGAAUGGGUUAUAG